AUGAACGUAUUAACGUUGAAAGUAAGAGAUGGUUUAACAAAAAUAUUAGCAGUAAAUCGCACUUCCAUCUUGUCUUUAAAUAAAUAUUCCGAACAGUCAAAAACAGAGCCAAAUGAAAGUAAGGAAGACGCAAAGGGGGAAUCUAAGAGAAUGGCUGAAUUUAGAAAGAAGUUACGGGAGACUACUCCUAUAACAGAUUUGGGGGAACAAGCAGAAACUAAGGCUAAAGAUGAUCCAUUGCCAGCUUGGCCGGAUGAUAUCAAUCCACAUACUGGUGAAGUAGGUGGCCCUCGAGGGCCAGAACCUACAAGAUAUGGGGACUGGGAAAGAAAGGGGAGGGUUACUGAUUUUUAG